UGACUCAGUGAAGAACCAAAGGAACCAAAUCCUGCAUUUUACUGCAAAGCUCGUAUAUAUAUCCACCCAAAGAGUAGAGAUGGAAUUAAGAUAUCUUGUUUAUGUCCUAAUGUUUCUUCUCACUACUCUAUUCUUGUAUUUGAUCAAAACAAGAGACCAGAAAGACCUAAACAGAAGAGGUAGGCUCCCUCCGGGUUCAAUGGGGUGGCCAUACAUAGGUGAAACCCUUCAACUCUACUCACAAGACCCAAGUCUCUUCUUUGCAACAAAACAAAAAAGGUAUGGAGAGAUUUUCAAGACACAUAUUUUGGGUUGUCAAUGUGUUAUGCUGGCUAGUCCUGAGGCUGCAAGGUUUGUGCUAGUGACACAAGCACAUUUGUUCAAGCCAACUUACCCAGAAAGCAAAGAAAGACUAAUCGGUCCAUCCGCGAUCUUUUUUCACCAAGGGGACUACCAUACCCGGCUAAGGAAGCUGGUUCAGAGCUCCUUGUCCCUUAACUCAAUUAGAAAUUUAGUGGCAGAUAUUGAAGCCAUAUCAGCCUUAGCCUUUGAUAAAUGGGAUGGUGGCCUUAUGAUAAACACUUUUCAAGAAAUGAAGAAGAUUUCUUUUGAAGUGGGUAUACUUGCAAUUCUUGGUCAUCUAGAGCCCCACCAUAAAGAAGAUCUGAAGAAAAACUAUAGCAUAGUUGAUAAAGGCUACAAUUCCUUCCCUACAAACUUCCCUGGAAGUCCUUACAAAAAGGCAUUAUUGGCAAGACAGAGGCUAAGCAAGGUUUUGAGUGAUGUUAUAGGUGAGAGGAAGGAGAAGAAGUUACUUGAGAAGGAUCUGUUGGGAUGUCUAUUGAACUCAAAAGAUGAGAAAGGAGAAGUACUAACAGAAGAUCAAAUCGCGGAUAAUAUCAUUGGUGUUCUUUUCGCGGCACAAGACACAACAGCCAGUGCCUUGACAUGGAUUAUCAAGUACCUUCAUGACAAUCCUAAACUUCUAGAGGCAGUCAAGGCUGAACAGAAGGCAAUUCGAAAACUGAAUGACAAGCCAUUGAAUUGGAACCAAACAAGGAAAAUGCCUCUAACUUACAAGGUUGUUUUGGAGAGCUUGAGAAUGGCAAGCAUCAUAUCUUUCACCUUUAGAGAAGCAGUGGCUGAUGUUGAAUACAAGGGGUACCUCAUCCCAAAAGGUUGGAAGGUGAUGCCUCUGUUCAGGAACAUUCAACACAAUCCAGAAUUUUUCACCGACCCUCAAAAAUUUGAUCCCUCAAGAUUUGAGGUUGCCCCAAAACCCAACACUUUCAUGCCAUUUGGGAGUGGAGUACAUUCCUGCCCAGGAAAUGAACUUGCAAAGCUGGAAAUGCUUAUCGUAGUCCACAAUUUGGUCACCAACUUCAGGUGGGAAGUGGUAGGAUCUGAAAAUGGGAUUCAGUAUGGGCCAUUCCCAGUCCCUCAGCGUGGACUACCAGCCAGAUUCUGGAAAGAAUCUACCAGCUCAAACGCAUUACAAUUUACAAUGACAUGACCAUUCCCUACCCCUAGCUAGCCCCAAAUGAAAUUCACUUCUCAAUUAUUAUUAUUUUUUUUGCUUGUAUGGUCCUUUUUUUUUUCUUGGCUUAAAAAGCCAGUUUUUUUUUUCUUCAAUUUUUAGUCUCUGGAUUUAUCCAUCAUUUAAUCCCCUGCAAAACCCAUAUGGGAUUCCAAUUAAGCUAUUCGAAUUGUAAUUUCUUGACGCAUUUUGUGUCUUUUUUACAUUAAUAUAUAGGUUAAGUUAAACAACA